AUGGAUAAACGUCUGGAGAACCAUCUUCAAUGUCCCACCUGUCUGGACGUCUUCAAGGAUCCUGUCAUGCUGCCGUGCAGUCACAACUUCUGCCGUGCGUGUCUGAAGCAGUGGAAGGACACAGGAAAACGAUCGUGUCUACUCUGUAGGGCAGACUUUGGUUCGACGGUUCCGCUUCCAAACUUGGCACUGAAGAAUCUGUGUGAGAACCUUCCACGAGCCCCAGUCAAGUUAGAAGACAAGUGCAGCUUGCACGAAGAGGAAUUCAAACUCUUCUGUUUCGACCACUGGGAGCUUACGUGCAUGGUCUGCAGAGACGCCGGAAUCCACGAUGGCCACAAGUUCCGGCCCCUUGAAGAAGUCCGUGAGGAACUCGAGAAAAGCCUGCAAAAUGCCAAGGAAAGACUCCAAGAUUACGACCGCUGUCGAGAGAACUGCAAAGAACAGCUGGAGUACAUCAAAGUUCAGAAGGAGAAUGUCGAACGGAAGAUUAAGAAGGAUUUUGCGGAGCUCCGUCGCUUUCUCGACGAGGAGGAGGAGGUCAGGUUGGUUCUAGUCAGGAAGGAAGGGAAGAAGAAGAGUCAAAGGAUGAAGAAGAUGAUGGCGGCUCUCGGCGAACAAAUGGAGGCUCUCUCGGAUGCCAUCGGAAGCACUGAGGAGCAGCUUGCGUCUGCCAAUCUUUCUUUCAAGACGGAGAUGCGCGGAAUACAAGAGCUGCCCGAUGAACCAAAGCUGAUUGGAGGAGCUCUGCUAGAUGAAGCCAAACACGUAGGCAACCUCAAGUACAAGGUGUGGGAACGAAUGAAGGACACACUCACCUACAGUCCCGUCAUUCUUGAUCCCAACACGGCCGAUCCAGAACUCAGUCUGUCCGAAGAUCUGAGCAGUCUAAGUUCGAAAGACGUACGGCAGCGGCGUCCAAAGAAUCCAGACAGGUCCUGGUUGGACUCUGUGCUGGGUUGUGCUUUGGACUCGGAAAAACACGUGUGGGACGUCGAGGUGGAAGACAACUAUAACUGGAUAGUGGGGGUCACGUGGGGGGACCCUAGUUUGCUCGAGGUAAUGAUCUCUCGGUGGUGCAUUGGAUUUUGGGAUGGGCAAUACAAAAUUACAUAUGGCCAACAUGGAGAAUGGUACCCGCCUGUAAUAGUGCGGAGGAUCCGAGUUGAAGUGGACAUGAAGAAAAGGUCAUUGUCCUUCUCUGAAGCUCUUACAGACAUCAAAUUGUGGAGCACUAAGAACCCUUCCGAUUGGCCUGACUUGUCCGCAGAGACCAAAAUGUAUCCUUACUUUUGGACAAAACAUAGAAGUCCUCUAAAAAUAGUCCCCAUUUACCCUUAUGUUACAACUGACAUCAACUAG